UCACAUGGUGACUACAGCAUGGAGAAUGCCAGCACAGAUCACGCUGAUUCUGACAUUUGCAAGUGUGGCUACCUGCGUAAACAGAAGUCAAUGCAUCGGCGUUUCUUUGUGCUACGGGCAGGAUCUGACCAUGGUCCUUGCCGCCUUGAAUAUUAUGAGAAUGAAAAGAAGUUUCGAUGCAAAGGUGCCAUUCCAAAGCGUAGCCUUAAUUUGGAGACCUGCUUAAGCAUCAGCAAGAGGGCAGACCUGCGAAACAAGCACUUGAUUGUCAUCUACACUAAAGAUGAAAGUUUUGUGUUGGGGGUUGAAGGAGAAGCAGAGCAGCAGUGCUGGUUCCAGGCAAUGGUGGACCUGCAGUGCAAGAGUAAGUUGAUACCAGGAUCCAAAUAUGGUGGGGUCAUCCCAGGACCAGCCUUCAAAGAAGUUUGGCAAGUAAGUCUGAGACCCAGAGGCCUGGGCCAAGCCCGGAACUUAGUUGGGAUCUACAGGCUGUGUUUGACAGAAAAGACCAUCAGCUUUGUAAGGCUGAACUCUGAUGCAGCAGCCGUUGUCCUGCAGCUGAUGAACAUUCGUCGAUGUGGGCAUUCAGACAAUUACUUCUUCAUUGAGAUGGGUCGGUCUGCAGUCACUGGGCCUGGGGAGUUUUGGAUGCAGGUGGAAGACUCCGUGGUUGCUCAAAAUAUGCAUGAGACUAUACUAGAGGCCAUGAAGGCCAUGAGUGAGGAAGUACGACUCAGAAGCAAAAGCCAGUCCUUGUCCUCAAAUCCAAUCUCUGUUCCUUCUAGAAGGCAUCAUGCCAACCCUCCUCCAAGUCAAGUUGGUUUUCCUCGCAGAUCAAGAACAGAAACAAUGAGCAACACAUCUCCAACUCCAAAGCAUAGUUUUCACAGACCUCGCACAUCUAGUGAUGGUAAUGGUUCAGCUUGUAGGCCUAAGUCACAUGAAAGCAGUCCAGCAAACUCAACUCCAACUCUUAAACAGAAAUCUCAGAAAAAUCCUGGAGUACCAAAGCCACAACAUCCCCCUCUGAACCACACUCAGUCUACUCCAGCACCUUCUGUGCGUUGCCCAGUGUUACAGAGUCCAGUAAGCCUGUCCUCUGGCAGUACAACUGUUAAUGGAUCAGAUUGCGUGUACACAAGGGCUUCAAGCAGUUCUAUAUCAGAAUCUCCCAGCGAUUACUGUUUUACAUCCUCUGAUGAAUAUGGCUCUAGCCCAAGUGACUCCAGACAUUCUUGCAUUGGCAGAAGUAUAACUCCAGAUUCAUUAAGCUACAUAACCCCAUCUCUUGAUGAUAGUAAUGGAAACUAUAUUGCGAUGGGAAAACGGACUUCAGUUGCAGAAGAAGCACAUUGCCAGCGAAGAAUCCUGCGCCGGGCUUCAAGCAGAGAAGGUGAAACUGAUAGGGGCUUAAGCAAAAGGGCUUCCCUGCCCCCUAUGGCACUUGGGAAGCUAACACCUAGUAUGCCCAGAAAAAGGGAAGAAUACACUGUGAUGUCUCGGACUGCAAGUAGAGAAUCUUUCACUGCACCAUCUAAAGGAGUUGAUUAUCCAUAUACAGAAGGCAGUGAUGUUACUGAUGAAUUGCACAGACAAAACAGAAAAAACUGUGCAGUAACAGACAAUGGCUACAUGACCAUGCUUCCUGGAGUUGUCCCCACUCAAAACAAAAAUGAUGAUUAUAUGCCUAUGACACCUAACAGUGUAUCACCACCACGACAGAUUGUAAGUUCUCGAUCAGAAGCUAAUGGAUAUAUGGUAAUGUCACCGAAUGGAAGCUGUUCCCCAGACAGUGCUGUUUACCAGAGGAGUUGGGUCAGUGCAGAGAAGUUGUCGGUUGGAAGCAAUGAUAGCAAGAUGUCUGGUAGCGACUACAUGAAUAUGUCACCUUUAAGUCGCUCAGCUUCCAGCACACCUCCGGAUAGCGGUAUACCUGAGGAGGCACCAAAAAUGGUGUAUGCUUACUAUUCCCUUCCCCGCUCUUACAAACAGGCGACAGCUAAGUUUAAAGACAGCCAGUUCAACCCUUCUGUGAGCACGGUCCACCUUUCUUACUCUUCCUCAGCAAGCAGUGACAGCUUGGGAGAUCAGAAUAGCACGUACUUCUCUGUACCUCCUGUUCCAGCUCAAAUUGAGGACCAAGCCAGAAAAUCUGUGAAAAGUAAACGUCCUGUUAGCCUUUUUAUAGAUGUAUCAAAAGCAAGUACCCUUCCUAGAGUUCGAGAGACACCCCUUCCUCCAGAGCCCAAAAGCCCUGGUGAAUAUGUAAGUAUUGAGUUUCGAAGGAGUUCUGGUACUUCAUGGCCUAAUGUAAGAUCAAAUUCAUCCAUAGGUAACUUUCAUGAACUUUCUGAAACAAAUAUGUCUUCUGAGUAUGUGACAAUGGAGCUAGGAAACCCUGUCAACUUAUCCCAGUAUGCUAAGACUCCACUGACUACAUCUCAGCCAAAAAGAAACUCAUUUGAGCACAUUAAUGAUGACUGCAUGACUGUUAAAGUCGGUGACUCUUGCCCUUUUUUCAGCGAUUAUACAGACAUGGCCUUUAGUAUGGGCACUGAGACUCCCAAGUCAUCCUCGCCAAAAGAGGAGGAGGUGAGCAUAGAAGCUGACAAUUUAAUGGAUCAUAUGUCGCACAUGGGGACAUUUACCAUCCCAAAGCUGGGUUCAAAUCCAAAUCAGGGUGCCAAAGUGAUCCGGGCUGACCAACAAGGACGACGUCGCCAUUGCUCUGAGACAUUUUUAUCUGUGCCAACCACUGUUGGCUCUCUUUCUUUGCCCUUUGCGGACCAUACUAAACGACAUAGCUCUGCCUCUUCUGAAAACGUCUGGGCAAAAGGUGAGCAUGGUGCAACAGGAGGAACAGAAGAGAGGCCUGUCUCCAUUUCUCGUCAGAUGUCGACAGCACUUGAACAUGGACUGAACUACAUUGACCUGGAUCUUGUUAAGGAUAGCAGUCUGGCAGGCUCAUUGCUACCAGCUCGGCACUGUACAUUGCUUCAGGGGAUCAGCUGCAGCACAGACCUUAGUCUGUACGCCAGCAUUGACUUUCAUAAGUCGCAAGAACUGCGGAAUCAGAAAAAUAAUGAUGAUGGUACAGUUUGUGACUUGGGCAUGAAUUAUAGUAGUGGACUUGCUGCAAAAAAGGAUGCAUAUGUUUAG